AUUUCAGUCUCUAUCUCUCUUCCAUAAGCCAAUUUACACACUCUCUCCCUCUCUCUCACUCACUCAUUCACUCUCUCUCAAUUCUCACCCAUUUGAUUCUGGUUUUUUCUUCUCAAGGAAUCGAAUCAUAAGUGGAAUACAGCCAAUCUGACGUUAUAAGAUCUAAGACGAGAUUAAACAAUGUUGGCUCAAAAGCAAGCAGAGGAAGCUAUAGUCUUCAACAAUGAGACAACAACCGAACAUGAUGGAACUAAAGACGAGGAAAAACUGCCUGAAAAUCAUUCAAUCUUCAGCGUCAAGAAUCUACUUUGGCAUGGCGGGUCUGCUUGGGAUGCAUGGUUCAGCUGUUCUUCAAAUCAAGUGGCCCAAGUUCUUCUCACGUUGCCUUAUUCGUUUUCUCAACUGGGUAUGUUGUCGGGUAUUAUACUUCAGAUAUUCUACGGCUUGAUUGGAAGUUGGACUGCUUAUUUGAUCAGUGUUCUUUACAUUGAGUAUCGAACCAGAAAGGAGAAGGAAAAUGUUAAUUUCAAGAACCAUGUCAUACAGUGGUUCGAAGUGUUGGAUGGACUAUUGGGUCCUUACUGGAAAGCAGUGGGUUUAGCUUUCAACUGUACUUUUCUUCUGUUUGGAUCAGUGAUCCAACUCAUAGGCUGUGCCAGUAACAUAUAUUACGUGAAUGAUCGGCUGGAUAAAAGGACAUGGACAUACAUAUUUGGAGCUUGUUGCGCCACAACUGUUUUCAUUCCUUCAUUCCACAACUACCGAAUUUGGUCAUUUUUAGGACUUGGUAUGACCACUUAUACUGCCUGGUACAUGACCAUUGCUUCUAUUCAUCACGGCCAGGUGGAAGGAGUGCAGCACUCUGCUCCGACAAAACUUGUGCUAUAUUUCACGGGCGCAACCAAUAUUCUCUACACCUUCGGUGGCCAUGCUGUCACAGUGGAGAUUAUGCAUGCAAUGUGGAAACCUCAAAAGUUCAAGUAUAUAUAUCUUAUUGCUACACUAUAUGUUUUUACAUUAACCCUGCCCUCGGCCUCAGCCGUGUACUGGGCGUUCGGCGAUCAACUUCUCAACCACUCGAAUGCUUUUUCUCUCCUUCCAAAGAAUGCUUGGCGCGAUGCUGCCGUCAUCCUUAUGCUCAUUCAUCAGUUUAUUACAUUUGGAUUCGCUUGCACGCCAUUGUAUUUUGUAUGGGAAAAGGUAAUUGGAAUGCACGACACAAAAAGCAUGUGUUUAAGGGCAUUGGUUAGGCUGCCUGUGGUCAUACCGAUAUGGUUUCUCGCGAUUAUUUUCCCAUUUUUCGGUCCAAUUAACUCUGCAGUCGGUGCACUUUUGGUUAGUUUCACAGUUUACAUUGUUCCUUCUCUAGCUCAUAUCCUCGUCUUCAGGAAAGCUUCUGCUCGAGAGAACGCGGCAGAGAAACCGCCAAAGUUCUUACCAAGCUGGACAGCAAUGUACUGUUUGAACAUAUUCAUAGUUGUAUGGGUUUUUGUUGUGGGAUUCGGGUUCGGAGGUUGGGCUAGUAUGACGAACUUCGUGAGACAAGUUGAUACAUUCGGACUCUUCGCAAAGUGUUACCAAUGCAAACCUCCUACUCCUCCAAAGCAUUGAUAACCUAUUAUCAAACUUAUAAACUUAUAUUUAUUUUUGUCACAUUUUGUGUAUGAUCAUAGGAGGGGGUCUUGAAAAUCGUUCGAUCCCUCUACAUGCUCGAUGUGUGUUGGAUUUCCUUUUCUUUUUCUUUUUAAUCUAUAGUUUUGAUUUUUUUUUUUUUUAUAAUGGUAAAUUAAUUAGUAGAUUAAAUUAUAAGAUAGCGUGUUGUUGGAUUCCUUUGCAAUUAAUCAAAGCAUAUAUUGGAGGCUACUUAAAUUAAUUAUAUAUAUGAUUGAAUAGAGAGUACUUUUACUCA